CGCGGGGGGGCUGUGUGUGGACCUGCCGGUUCCGUCCUGUUCUCGCUUACACCGAGCAUCACCGUGAGGCAGGCGCGACGCCCCAGCUCUGGCCUCUGUGAACUCUGCUUCUCCAGACAAGUAAACCCCAAGGAGGACUGACCAGUGCUUGAAUUUCUAAACCAUGGCCCAUACAUGUUUGGAUGAUCAAGAUACGCCAGAGUACUCAAGAGGCUGCACCUGUAGCAACAGGAUUCUUCAAGAGCACAUAGGCAUGCUGCUUCAUGCACACUCAUUUCCUAACUCACUACGUUAAAGGCUUCUAGCCUAAGCCUUUUUGUUUGCCAUAUGGUCCAUUUCCUGCAGUAUCUCUUCCAUCUUAAAAACAAAUUUUCUUUAAUUUCAAAUGUAUUAUAUGGUUUGUCAUUGCAGGGAUCAGUGAUGUUCAAUGAUGUGUCCAUAGUCUUCUCUCAGGAGGAGUGGGAAUACCUGGACUUGGCACAAAGAGACUUGUACAGAGAUGUUAUGUUGGAGAAUUACAGCAACUUGGUCUCAUUGGGAUGCUUCAUUUCUAAGCCAGAUGUGAUUUCCUUAUUGGAGCAAGGAAAGGAGCCCUGGAAAGUUGUGAGGAAAGGAAGGAGGCGAUAUCCAGAUUUAGAGACCAGGGAUGAGACCAAGAAAUUCUCUUCGGAAAAUGACAUUUAUGAAAUAAACUCACCCCAGUGGAAGAUAAUGGAAAGAAUAAAAAACCAUGGCCUUAGGGGCCUAAUUUUAAAAAGUGAUUGGGAGUCCAAAAGAAAAUUUGAAGGACAGGAGGGAUAUUUAAGUCAAAUUAAAACUGUAUCUCAAAAAGUGUCCUCUUAUCAAAAACACACAUCUCUAACUCCACAACAGAGAAUUCAUUUUGUAGAGAAACCCUAUGAAUGUAAAGAAUGUGGGAAAACCUUUAGAGUACGCCAACAACUUACUUUCCAUCACAGAAUUCAUACUGGUGAAAAACCCUAUGAAUGCAAGGAAUGUGGAAUGACCUUUAGACAAACUGCACAUCUUACUCGACAUCAGAGACUUCAUUCUGGUGAAAAGCUGUAUGAAUGUAAGGAAUGUGGAGAAUCUUUCAUAUGUGGCCCAGACCUCAGAGUACAUCAGAAAAUUCACAUUGGUGAUAAGCCCUAUGAAUGUAAAGAAUGUGGGAAGGCCUUCAGAGUGCGUGGACAACUUACUCUCCAUCAGAGGAUUCAUACUGGUGAGAAACCCUAUGUAUGUACAGAAUGUGGAAAGGCCUUUAGACAGUAUGCACACCUUACUCGACAUCAGAAACUUAAUAUUGCUGACAAACUCUAUGAAUGUAAAGAAUGUGGGAAGGCCUUUUUGUGUGGCUCUGGCCUUAGAGUACAUCACAAGCUUCAUACUGGUGAGAAACCCUAUGAAUGUAAGGAAUGUGGGAAGGCCUUUAGAGUGAGACAACAACUAACACUCCACCAGAGAAUUCAUACUGGUGAGAAACCCUAUGAAUGUAAGGAAUGUGGGAAGACCUUUAGUCGUGGUUAUCAUCUUAUUCUUCAUCACAGAAUUCACACUGGUGAGAAGCCUUAUGAGUGUAAGGAAUGUUGGAAGGCCUUUAGUCGUUACUCACAACUUAUUUCGCACCAAAGUAUCCAUAUUGGUGUUAAACCGUAUGACUGCAAGGAAUGUGGGAAGGCUUUUAGAUUACUCUCACAACUUACACAACAUCAGAGUAUUCAUAUUGGUGAGAAACCCUAUAAAUGUAAGGAAUGUGGGAAGGCCUUUAGAUUACGCCAAAAACUUACUCUACAUCAGAGUAUUCAUACUGGUGAAAAACCUUUUGAAUGUAAGGAAUGUAGGAAGGCUUUUAGACUUAAUUCAUCCCUUAUUCAGCAUCUGAGGAUUCAUUCUGGUGAGAAACCCUAUGAAUGUAAGGAAUGUAAGAAGGCCUUUAGACAACAUUCACACCUUACUCAUCAUCUGAAAAUUCAUAAUGUAAAAAUAUUGCUUCUGCGACAAGCACUACAAGCUCCCAGAACGCGCUUCCUGGUCCCCGGCAUCCCUGAAACACCUACCCUGGUAGCCCACCCUCAAGCCCCAAGGGUUUCCCAGCUAUCUCCUCAGCAACAGCUAGCACCCGCGCUUGCGCACUUCGCUCAGCAAUUUGGGGCGGGGCGGGCCCUCCCUACCGAAGACUACAUUUCCCACAGGCCUCAGCUCCUUGUUGCCUUCCGGCUUUCUAGCUGCUGUCGGCUCGGAGAGAUCUGGCUUAUCAGGGCUUUGCAGUUCCCCAACAGAGAAAUCUUGAAAAGGACUGACCAGCAUUUUGAAACCAUGGCCCAUGGUUCAGUGACAUUCAGGGACGUGGCCAUAGACUUCUCACAGGAAGAAUGGGAAUUCCUGGACUCAGCUCAGAGGGACUUAUAUAGGGAUGUGAUGUGGGAGAAUUACAGCAAUUUCAUCUCACUAGCAGAACCUUCCAUUUCUAAACCAGAUGUGAUUACUUUAUUGGAUGAAGGGAAGGAGCCCUGGAUGGUUGUAAGGGAAGGGACCAGAAGACACUACUCUGAUUUGGAGUCCAGAUACAGGACCAAUACUUUAUCUCCAGAAAAGGACAUUUAUGAAAUAUAUUCAUUCCAGUGGGAGAUAAUGGAAAGAAUUAAAAGCUAUAGUCUUCAGGACUCCAUUUUUAGAAAUGAUUGGGAAUGCAAAGGCAAGAGCGAGGAGCAAAAGGAAUCACAAGGGGGAUAUUUUGGGCAAGUGAAAAUUACUUCUGAAAAAAUGACCACUUACAAAAAGCAUAAUUUUCUUGCUGAAUAUCAGAGAGUUCAUAAUGGAGAAAAGUUAUAUGAAUGUAAGGAAUGUAGGAAGACCUUUAUUCGUCGCUCAACACUUAGUCAACACCUGAGAAUUCAUACUGGUGAGAAACCUUAUAAAUGUAAGGAAUGUGGGCAGGCAUUUAGACAGCGAGCACACCUUAUUCGACAUCACAAGCUUCAUACUGGUGAGAAGCCCUAUGAAUGUAAGGAAUGUGGGAAGGCCUUUACCGUGCUCCAAGAACUUACUCAACAUCAGAGACUUCAUACUGGUGAAAAGCCCUAUGAAUGUAAGGAAUGUGGAAAGGCCUUCAGAGUCCAUCAGCAACUUGCUCGACAUCAGAGAAUUCACACUGGUGAGAAACCCUAUGAAUGUAAGGCAUGUGGGAAGACCUUUAGGCAGUGUACACACCUUACUCGACAUCAGAGACUUCAUACUGCUGAGAAACUCUAUGAAUGUAAGGAAUGUGGGAAGGCCUUUGUAUGUGGUCCCGACCUUAGAGUACAUCAGAAAAUUCAUUUUGGUGAGAAACCUUAUGAAUGUAAGGAAUGUGGAAAGGCUUUUAGAAUAUGCCAACAACUUACGGUCCAUCAGAGUAUUCAUACUGGUGAGAAACCCUAUGAAUGUAAGGAAUGUGGGAAGACUUUUAGACUAAGGCAACAACUUGUUCGCCAUCAGAGAAUCCAUACUCGUGAGAAACCCUAUGAAUGUAUGGAAUGCUGGAAGACCUUUAGUAGUUACUCACAACUUAUUUCACAUCAGAGCAUUCAUAUUGGUGAAAGACCUUAUGAAUGUGAAGAAUGUGGGAAGGCCUUUAGGUUGCUCUCACAACUUACCCAGCAUCAGAGUAUUCAUACUGGUGAGAAACCUUAUGAAUGUAAGGAAUGUAGGAAACCUUUUAGACUGCUCUCACAACUUACUCAGCAUCAGAGUAUUCAUACUGGUGAGAAACCUUAUGAAUGUAAGGAAUGUGGUAAGGCCUUUAGACUUUAUUCAUUCCUUACUCAACACCAGAGAAUUCAUACUGGGGAGAAACCCUACAAAUGUAAAGAAUGUAAGAAGGCCUUUAGACAACAUUCACAUCUUACUCAACAUCAGAAAAUUCAUAAUGGAGUGUAAUACAAGAAAGCUUUCAAUUAUACAUUAUGUUAUAGGAUCUCUAAAUCAUUUUUGAGAAUUCUGCUUCAUGAUUCAGCUAAGCAUAAGAAAUUUUAUAUUACUGAAAAAAAAUAUGUUGCUUUAAAAGCCUUCUAUCACCAAACAUUGUUUAUCUUCCACAAAUUGGUAUGAGGGAAUAACACAAUGAAUGUAGGAAAAUCUUCAGCCUUAUCUAUCAUUAUCCCCAUUUCACUCCUUUAUUACCAGUGUGUUAUUGGACAAGGUACUUAAACUUCUGUGCCUCAUUUUGCUCACUUGUAAAUGGUGAUAAUAGUA